AUGGCUACCACAACACAUCCAUCGACGAACGACGAAAGUGGAAAUGACGCUGACGACAGCGAAGAAUAUGAUGACGAAGGGAAUGAUGAUGCCAUACAGAAUAUUUAUCUACACAUUUGCAACGAGGAAGGUCGGGAGUUCACCGGAGUCACUACAUUUCAUGGAAUGAUUCGACUUUUCACAUCAAGAACGUGGACGUCGUUGAUAUUUUGGGUUCUGGUCUUAUCGACUUGUUUAGUAUUUUUUAUGAUAUUUAGUGGAUAUAUUUUGUCUAGUUACGCAAAAGCAGCUACUUUUAUGCGCCGAUAUUCUGAAGCGUAUAGCGUUGAACAAGUUUCAUUAUUAAUAUGUGGAUCUCCAAUGAUCCUCGAUACUCAUGAAAUUCGCACAAUUCCCACGUUCUCCACAUUGUACAGAAAGGAGACCUGUUUAGAAUUAAAUACUAACACUUCCAGAAACCGAUUGAUUAUCGAUAUUAGGGGAGAUUUGUCAUCAUCUGAAGUGUAUUUAUCGAUUUCUGCGCCUGCUGUUGAUUCUGGGCAAAUUACCCGCUUGAAUACUACUCGCGCUCACUGCGUAGCUGACCCAUCGGAUUUGAAGUGGAUUCAAAAAGCUCGGCAAUUUCUUCCGGACGACAAAACUUACACAGUUAAGUUAUGCGAACGCAUGAGAAUUAUGGAAUGGUCCCUCAGGGAAAGACAGUGCGUUGCAGGCGACCUCAGUAGCCAAGAUGAGGUACCAAAGUGUGAAAGUGGUUCUUUGGUGCCGUCCGGAGAAUUGUACAAAGAAUUUUUAUGUCACCCUCCUUGCAACGAAAUGGAAUGGCAAAUCACCUCAUCAUACUCACGAUUGCGUUCUGCAACAAAGAUCUCUAUUGAGUUCAGCCGAACAAAAGAUGUACUGAUAGAAGUCCGAAAAAUGGCUGUCACUGAUGUUUUAUCAUCGAUCGGUGGAGGUACUUCACUGUUUCUUGGAUGCAGUUGUGUAACAUUAAUGGAAACGUUCAUCUUUUUGCUUAAACUUGUUCUUCAAUCCAUACAUAAUGAUGUUUAUAAUGGAGUUAAUGUUAAAGAUGGUGAUGGCGUUCAAAGUAGUGUGGAGGCAAAGGCAUCAAAUGUGAAGCUGAUUUUAAACACUAGCGGAUUCGACGUGAAGGAGGUGGAAGAUGUUAUCGCCGACCCCACAAGCAUGCAAUCUCCACCACGAAAAUCGAUCCAUUGUGCUAGAGUCCUGAAAUCUGAAGAGAUCGAUGAAAAUAAUGCUCGUAAACGUCUGUAUAGGCCACACCCGCCUUCUCUGUCGGAGCUAAAAACCAGCAAUACAUUCAAUGAACUCAACACUCAUAAUAUUGAACGGUCAUUGAAGAACCUCCCAUUAAGUCAGAGACUAACAUUUGAUGGAUCAAUGGAUAGGCGUCGCCUAAGAAGACAGAGUGCCAUAGAGAUCUCUGACGAGAAGCUUGAUCAGUACCUCAGUGAACCGUCGAACACACAGUCGUUCUAUGAUGACUUCAGCAGAAAACAUCCUGCUAGAGUAAAGGUACGCCGUAUAUCGAGUGUGACAUCACGAGGAUCAGCGACAAGUUCACAUACAAAUGUCCAUCUUGUUGAACAUCCACGUCGUCGAAGUCAGAUCUACAACAAAUUUAUGGCGAUGAAUGAUUUUUGA